UCCCAUAAACAAUUGACGACGUGAAUGCGUCGUAGGUAAACAAGAUUUUAAACUGAGACAUUUAAACCGUGUGCUGUCAAGGAAGGUCGAGACAAUAUUUUGGGGUAAUACUCUUCCAAAGGACCAUUGUUAAUUUUAUAGUGCUGGACAUUGGACAAUGCAGAAUGUCUUCAAAAGGAAUUCCAAUACCUCUUUUGUCUGUGAAAGUAGUUCCUCCUUGACCACUGCCAAAGAAACAUACCCACACAACUUUGCCAAGACAUUGCCCUUGGAAAUGAGCUUGAGGAUUUUCAGUGAGCUGGACAUCGACAGCUUAUGUAAUGCAUCACUGACCUGCAAACUGUGGCACCACAUCAUUGAAGGCUGUGACCACCUCUGGAGGAAUCACUGCCUGACUGUGCGAGCUGUUUGUCAACAGGAGAUAGACGGGGACAGACAGAACGGACUGUCAUGGAAGGUUACCCUGGUGCGAAACUACAGGAGAGGUUAUCUGAAACGUGAAUGGUUACGGGGACGAUUCAGCAACAUUGGCUCUGCUGAUGAACUGGUGAACAAACACAUGUGCCCAUUGGAUGUUGAAUCUUGGGGUGAGAUUCUGGAAGCCGAGCUGGAGAGAUAGAAAGUAUGAUUUUAUAGAGUGACAUAUUGUUUAUAUAUACAUAUAUAUAAUUAUGUUUUAAGCACUUUUUGAAAUAUUUUAUAUUGGUUUAUUUUUGCAAUAUGAUUAUGAUAUUACAAUGUAUUUGAUAUAAGGUUGAUUUAUGUAAUCACAAACUAGAAAAUUUUGUAAUAUGGUAGGCCAUUCAGUAAAUAUUCAUAGGUCUACCCAUAUGAAAAUGUACAAUUGGGCUGUCAUUACACUUAAUGAAGUGGGCAUCAUUCAAGAUGUUAAUUUGAAUUUAAGUAUUUGCUUACCAUACGACAGUGUAGCACUUUUGCAAGGACCUAUUAGCCAGAAAUGUUUUGUUAACAUGUAUUGGGAUUAAGGCUGUUUAGCAUAAUAAUUGUUAAGAUAUAUAUUGUAUAUUAUGUGAGUGAGGUGUAAAUAUUUGCCAUUUGAAUUAAUUUCAAGCUGAAUGUUUGUGUUAAAAUCAUUUUAGUCCAUUUAGUCAAAUACUUUUGGCCAUUAUUAAGGUUAUUAAUAAUGGCUGAUCCCUUUCUGUGUCUUAAUGGCUAAGGAUGUGUGGAGGAAAGUGUCUAUUUGUCAAUUGACAAAUAAGGUCCAGUCUAGAAUUGUAUUCCACAUCGGUGCCAAAUACAUUUUGUAAAAAAAAAGCUUUUUUAAAUACA